UCUCAUUACGAGGAGAAGUUAUCAGUUAAAUUUUACUAUAAAUUUCACUAUCGGCUUUAAACUAACACAUACCCGUAACUAAUAACUAUGAAGACAUUUGUUAUUGCUUUUUUAACCGUCGUUACUGUUUGGGCAGUGCCCCAACUUUCGGUCCACCAAAAAUGGGCCGAAUUCAAAUUGCACCAUAAGAAACAAUACAGCUCCCCUACUGAAGAACUCAAACGUAUGGCUAUCUUCCAAGACAAUUUGGCCAAAAUUGAAGAACAUAAUGCCAAAUACGUUAAUGGAAAAGUCAACUACACCAAAGCCAUUAACCAAUUCGGUGACUUGACCAAAGAAGAAUUCUUGGAAUACGUCAACCGUGGUCUUGUUACCCGACCAAAGAUGAACGAAAAACUUCGUCUUCCAUUUGUCAAAUCUGACAAACUCGCCGCUGUUGAAGUUGACUGGAGAAACAAAGCCGUUACUGGAGUCAAAGAUCAAGAACAAUGUGGUUCCUGUUGGAGUUUUAGUGCAACUGGAGCCGUUGAAGGCCAACUCGCCAUCUCUGGCAAAGGUUUGGUCUCUCUCAGUGAACAAAACUUAGUUGACUGUUCUACCGAAUACGGAAACGCUGGUUGUAACGGUGGUUUGAUGGACAGCGCCUUCGACUACAUCCAUGACAAUGGUAUUAUGUCCGAACAAGCCUACCCUUACACCGCGGAGGACGGAGACUGCAGAUUUGACGCAUCUCAAUCCAUCACUAGUCUUCAGGGUUACUACGACAUCCCCUCUGGAGAUGAAAGUGACCUCCAAAAUGCUGUUGCCAACAAUGGUCCAGUCGCUGUAGCCAUCGACGCCACUGCUGAACUCCAAUUCUACUCCAAUGGUAUUUUCUAUGAUUCCUACUGUGAUCCACAAGCCUUGAAUCAUGGUGUAUUAGCUGUUGGUUAUGGUUCUGAAGGCGGUUAUGAUUAUUGGAUCAUUAAGAAUUCCUGGGGAAGCGGUUGGGGAGAAGCUGGAUAUUUCAGAAUUGUUCGAAACUACAACAACCAUUGUGGUGUUGCUAGUGACGCGUCGUACCCAGCUUUGUAA